AUGCCAUCGGCUAAUGAUAUACUAGAGAAUUCUGCUCAUAAGUCAGUCUACAUCACCAAGGUAACUGUGGAUGGUGAAAAUCAAUUAUCCCCAGUGUCUGAUGAAUUAUAUAAAUCCAUCUUCGACCAGGUGUUAGCUGAGCCAUUGCAAAACAUUGAGACCGCAUUCCAAUCAUGUCAAGAUAUCCAAAAAAAGCUACUAUUUACUGGAUUGUUCCAGUCAGCCGAAAUUACAUUGGAUUAUGAUGCUGAUAUCAAUGCCUCUAGGCUGUUGAAAGAAAGAGUCCCAGAGUCUCUUGACAUUGAUUUACCAAUUCCAACAAUAGCACAAGUUAAACUAGUCCCUGCUAUAUUUAAUAAAGGAGCAGUGACCACAACUACAAGAGAUUCCUACUCUUCGGUUGGUGGUCGCUUAUUCUUUAUCAAUAAGCUUGGUAAUGCGGAAACUAUUAGUUUGCAAGGGGACGUCAAUUAUACACCAUUCAACGGGAAACUAGAUGAAAGAUCUAUUGGAGCUAAACUAUCUUUGCCAUUCCCAAAGAAUCCAUCCGUUAAGGCAGUGUUUUAUGCAAACCAUACUUACUUGGAUCUAUUUAAGCAACCUUUUAUUAAUGAAUCUGAUGAACACAAACAAUCUCAAUUUGGCAUAUCAACAGGUUUCGAAAAAAGCUUUUUAUACAACAACGAGAAAUCAAUUGUCGAGACGUUCAAUGGUAUAUCCAUGGUAGCUCGUAGUAUUUUUGGGUUUGCUGAUGCCUUGGCGGUUUCAGAUUCUAUCAAACAAUUCCAAGGUACUUUUACAAAAACCAGUUUUAUUUCCCAAUUACAUGCUGAUUCAAGGAAAUUUUAUGACAGAUUCCCUGUUUCCGGGAAACGCUUUGAAUUAUUCAACGAAUACAUCAUUAACCAAGGAUUCGCAAACGCGAAGCCACUACCAGAGGAUUCAAAGUUUGACAAAGUUUCUGUUUCUUUCGAAACACAUAAACCUUUCUUCAACACAAAGGUCGUAACAUCAUUAAACUUGAAUGCUGGCGCUAUUUUCCCAUGGGACAAUAAGUCACAACCUCUGGUGCACUUGCUAGACCUUUUCUAUCUUGGUGGACCAAAGUCUUUAAAGGGAUUUGAAAGAAAUAGUAUUGGAACUCGCGGCGGGCAUUAUUUCUACAAACUAGGAUUAACUUCCUCAUUCAAAUUACCAAAUACGCCAGUGGACUCUCCAUUGAGACUUCAAUCUUUCAUUCACUUUGGUGAUGUUCUAAACAACUGGAAAUCGGCUUUUAAUGAAAGAAAACCUGCUCUAAGUACUGGUGUGUCUUUGCGUUAUGCAGCAAGCUUUGCAAACUUGGAUUUAACCUAUGCUGUGCCAUUGCGCGUCAGAGAUUAUGAUAUUGCUAAACCAGGGCUAACUUUUGGUCUAGAUUUGACAUUAUACUAG